AAGCAGAUUGAACUUGGCUCAUUAUGCUUGCAGCAAAUAGGUUUUACGUCACACCAUGCAUACUUCUUAUCAGCACCUAUAUCUGAUUUCUGUUAUGGUUUAGUUUUACUUUUGGUUCGGUGGUCAUCAAAUUUAUCAAAAAUGUCUAUAAGUAGCUCAUUUACAAGGUACAAUCAUGUGUGAAACUCAACGGAAAGAAUGAUUGGAACAUGCAGGAAAUUUACUGAGUUUAUUCAACCAUACAUAAAAGAGAAACUCAUUGUAAAGGUCAAAGUUAAUGCAAGGAUCAACAGUGUUGAGAAUCUGCACUUCAUUUUCAAUAAAGUGAAUCUUCCCUCUCCUUUAGAGAAGGCAGAUAAAUUUAGUCCAUUGAUAUUUAAAAUUAUUAAAACU